AGAUUCAAGUUUAAACCUGAAACAUGUGAGAAAAAAAUCACAUUGAACAAUGUAGUGCGUAGCGAAGGAAAUUUUGUUCUGAAUGAACCCAAAAGAGAUGUUUAAGUGUUUUAUGUCGUAAAUUAACUAAUUUAAGUAAAUUUCCAAGAAAAAAAUUGAUGCUGUCAUAAAAAGAAUUUACAAUUUAGGUUGGCAUUUUGAUGAUAGGGAUCUUUGGUUCGUUCACGGAAAGAUGACUGGAGAGGGACCGCAAUCUUCCAUACCCGGCACAAAAUCCUGCCCCAGAGAUGACAAAUCUACCGAAAAAUCUGCUCGUGACAAUUGCAGCGAAGUUCGGCGUCGCCUGAAGCAUCCAAUUGGGAGUUCCUUUACACUCAGGCCCAAUAUGCUUAGAGAUUAUAACUCGGUAAAUUCACCAGUGUCUUCAACAUCAACAAAACCCGAUAAUUUCUCGUUGUUAAGAGACGCCAACUUGAGGAGUUCCUCUUCCCGAAGUGCUUCAGUGCCAGCGCCUGAAACUUCGGGCUCCUCCCGAGUCUCGAAGUCUUCAAAUACUGCAGCCAAAAGCACCAAGAGCCCAGAUUCAUCGUCUUCUUCAAGAAGUUUCUUUUUUUCUGAGAUACCGUCUGGCUAUUUCAGCCUAAGACGUCCCUUUAAUCGAUCCCCUGCUGGCAACAAGGUACAAUCUCAGAAGGAGGGAACUGGCAGUUGGAGUAGUGCAUGCUUCUCCAGCCUUAAGUCGACAACCACUCAAAAAGUAGACCAAAGCAAAUCUUGUACAAGUCCACUUUCUCCCACUAAAUCUGUUGACUGCUACCCGAGACCAUCGAGCAGCCGUACCCGAUCAGACGACACGAGCUCGUUGGGCGCCGUGAGAACCACGAAGAAUUUUAGUCCGGACGAAGCAGACUCCAACAGAAAAGAAAUUCGUCACUUGGUAACUGAAAACUGCACUACUGGAGGUGUUUUGGGAGGAGUAUUUGCAGGCAUUCGUGACUCAAUGUCAGCUAGUGCCUCUUCUUGCUCGGCAAAUUCUAAUGAACACACAGCUGAAACCAAAGACGGAAACACUACUACACAGUUCACCAUAAAUUCUACAAAUAAGCCUUACAAAAACGAUGUCGAAAAUGGAGCAGCUAAAUUAGAGAACUUGGAGACUAUGGAGACCACAAAUUCGACUACCAGCAGUUUUCCUACCGCAAAUUACCGAUCAUCCAUUAGUGAAAACCCUACGUCCGCAUCAAUGAAUUCUUCAGGGUUGAACACCUUGAAGCGUAAUUAUUCUACUGCUAACACUACUAACAGCCGUCCGUUGCUGAACAACGCUCACUCCAUCAGCAACAGCAUAGAUGCCUGUAUCAACAAUGUGGCACACGCCAGCAGCAUAAUGGCAGGGUCUGGAUCUUACUCUAGCCAGAGAAGUAGCUCAACGUUGUUCAGCAGCUCUGGUAGCGCUGCUUCGUUGCCUUCAUCACUUGGCAUCUCCAGCCUCAAUCAGGCAAGAACACAAAGUCUUUUGAAAAACGAAAACCGCAAAAGCUAUGCAUGUUGCAACGGUACCAGGGCUAUGACUGAAAGUUCUGAAGGAGUUUGGACGGAAAAGUCCGGCGAAUCAGCCAGUUCUUCUGGAGCGAGCAGUCCAUGUGGUGGUCAGCCAAUAGGAGACAUGGUACACUUGACGUCUGACCAUGCCACAUCUGCCAUGAAGACUAUGAACUCGCUUCGCAGCAAUCGUCAGUUGUGCGACAUCGAACUAGUGGCUGGUGACACGUCUGUGUUCGCGCACAAGGUUGUGCUGGCCGCUGCAUCUCCAUACUUCACUGCAAUGUUCAUCAACGACGUGAAGGAGCGCACAGCGGCGCAGGUUGUGCUGCGUGAAGUUGACCCCUCAGCGCUGUGUCUGCUGGUGAACUACGCGUAUUCAGGCGAUGUCGUCAUCACUGAGGACAACGUGCAGGUGCUCCUGCCUGCUUCAAACCUGCUGCAGAUGUGCAGCGUGCGGGACGCCUGCUGCAAGUAUCUGCUGCGCCAGCUCCACCCAUCCAACUGCCUCGGUAUCCGCGCUUUCGCUGACACCCACAGCUGCGACGAGCUACACUCGCGCUCCCACAAGUACGCGCUCCAGAACUUCCCUGAGGUCUCCUGCACUGAAGAAUUCCUGGCACUUCCUUUGGACAAGAUGCUGGAGUUAAUUUCCUCCCCUAAACUGAACGUCGAGAGCGAGGAGCGCGUGUUCACGGCCGUCGUAUCCUGGAUACGCCACGAGCUCGUCGCGCGCCAGCAGCACAUCGCCGAGCUGCUGAAGCACGUUCGCCUGCCGCUGUUGUCGCGGGACUUCCUGACGUCGAUGGUUGACAACGAGCCGCUGCUGCAGGGGCACCCCGAGUGUCAGGCCCUACAGCUGGAGGCGCUCAAGUAUCACCUCCUGCCGGAGCAGCGCAACUCCUUCACCUCCGAGAGAACCGUCGAGAGAAAACCUCUCGGCUACAAGCCUUACGUCUUUGCUGUUGGGGGCGGUAGUUUAUUCAACCUGCACAGCGAAGUGGAGUGCUACAACCCGCGCACUGACCGCUGGAUGCCCGUCGCUCCUAUGAAGAACCGCAGGUCCCGCACAGCAGCCGCCUCGCUAGGUCGCCACCUGUACGUGAUGGGAGGAUACGACGGAGUGAGCGACAUCAGCCACUGCGAGGUGUACCAGCCCUCUACCAACACCUGGACCACCACCACCUCCAUGGGCACCAAGCGGUCCUGUCAUGGUGUUGGUACCCUCAACGGCCUCAUCUACUGUGUCGGAGGCUACGAUGGCGCCUCGUGCCUGAACAGCGUCGAGCGCUUCGACCCCCUGACGGGUAUCUGGUCGUCCUGCCCCGCCAUGGCCUGCCGCAGGAGACACACCAAAGUCGCCGUGUUGGACCAGCGGCUGUACGCCAUAGCAGGGUUCGACACUAGCAACUACCAGUGCAGCGUCGAGACGAUGGACCCAAGAGAGGGCAAGUGGUGCUUUGCCCCCGCCCUUAACACCAGAAGAUCGUCGCUGGGGGCGGUCGGGGUGUCGGGGCUCGGGAUUUACUGCGCUGGCGGCAGCGACGGCGCCGUGAGUCUGUCGUCCGUCGAGCGCUUCAACCCUCGCCGCAACGCCUGGGAGCCCAUCACUGCCAUGCACUCCAGGAGGACAACGCACGAACUGGUCACGCACGACAACUUCGUGUACGCCAUCGGAGGCAACGACGGCUCUGCGUCUCUCAACUCCAUGGAGCGCUACGAUCCCAAGACCAACCGCUGGCAGAUCAUGCCCUCCAUGUUGGCCCGCAGGUCCUCGGUUGCCGUUGCUGUUGUUGAGUGCUACAGCUUCGAGAAAGUCUUGCUGGGUAAAAACCACACAUGACAGGCAGACAGAUACCCGUCACUAGUGACGUAAUACAGCAGACAGGAACCAGUCACUAGUGACGUGAAACAGCAGACAGGGACCCGUCACAAGUUACGUAGUACAGCAGACAGUGACCCGUCACUAGUGACGUAAUACAGCAGACAGGGACCUGUCACCAGUGACGUAAUACAGCAGACAGAGACCCGUCACUAGUGACAUAAUACAGCAGAGAGAUACCCGUCACUAGUGACGUAAUACAGCAGACAGAUACCCGUCACUAGUGACGUUAUACAGCAGACAUUGACCCGGCACUAAUGGCGUAAUACAGCAGACUAGGACCCGGCACUAGUGACGCAUAAUUUCCUGACAGGAUCACCGGGACCAGAAAACUAAGGUUAUCUUCUACGCUUGAUGGAAGGUCCUCUUUAUCGCAUCCAAAUUGUGAGAAAGUUGAAUUAUUAAAAAUUCAGGACUUGUAGAAAAAAUUAUGAAUUUAACGUUUUCCUAAUGCAGAGUAUGAAAGUAUUUACAGUGAUGGAUGAGGUAGCUGUAAAUUUUGAUGGUAGUUUAGUCAUCGAGCGGAUAUAAAUAAGCAUAAUUAUUUAAACUCACUAUAUUCCGACAGAAUUUCAACUUGUAACGAAGAUUUGGUUAAAUAGAAACUACAAUUAAGAAGUAUAAAAUUAUUCAAAUUACCCGUGUUGACUGCCAGCUGUGGGACAGUUUUAAGUUGAAACUUUGAUCUCAUUUCGGUGCAGGUUCUAGUGUGUAGGUAAAAUCAGUGUUUUUCUCGAUUAUUGAAGUUAUGUUUAAAUUUUAAUGUUUGAGGCCAAUAUUUUUUUUUUCAUAAAAGUUAACGAUCAAUUCUAGUCAUGAGAAAUGCUGACGUGAUGUAGACUCAAAAGACGAGUACAUUCUAUUCAGCGGUAAUCUAAGUAAUCGGUCAAUGAAUGUGAUAGAGUAAGGGCAAUAUUUGUUACAUGCGUAAGAGUAAAGGAAGAAAAAUUGUUUAUUGCCGUCAAGAGAAGCGACGUCUAAUGUCGGAUAGGCAAGAUUUUGUUUGAUGUCCGAAUUUCAGAAUUUAGAGUACUUUUCACAAAAAAGGAAACCUCCCGCAAGCAAAAUAAUUUCAAAGUUUAUUGUGACUCGUUUCGCUGAGCUUGGGAUCUGAAUCUGCUGAUUUUUCCUUUUGCGAGGAAAUGGGGCAUUUUUGAACAAAUUUUCAACUAUGGAUGUGCAAUUGUAACAUUUCAUGAGAUGUCUGACUUCUUUAUUAGGUUAUCCAUGCUAAAAUCUAGCUUAUUCACUUCUAAAAUCGGACUUUGUAGCAGUUGCCGUUGCCACCAUUAAGCGAGUGAGCAGGGAAAGUGAGAAAGUGUUAUAUUGAUCAUAUGAUUAGACCAGCUUUCUGCCCUCCUUUCAACGACUAUUCUUACGCGCAGCAACGUUUAACAAUUGCUUCAUGUAUCGUGUACCGAAGCGAGUAAUUCGUGCACACGGUCGGACAGCACAAGAAUUUCUUUUUAACUCCACUCAUUUUCAAGAUCGCUAAAAACACUGCCAUCUGUAAAGACUUGACUUGAUCUGCAUAAACUUUACCAUAGUUGAUUACUUUUGUCUUUCGCCCUCGUUAUUAUUAAAGCUUGCAUUUGCUUCCCUCUCAAGAUUUUAAUAUAACUUUUCUCCCAUUCCCGUGAUAGUUCGACUUGUAGGCGGCAUUUGUAAUAUUACUCAUUGCAAUUGAUACAUAUUCAGCUUCUAACUAAACCUAAUCAAAUUGUUCAAGUCAAUUGUUACGCAGCGGAGAAUUUUCCAUUGCAUUCCAUUCCUCCCGUCUUUCUACUACAAGGAUUAUGCUUGUUCGAUAACUCAUGAUCAAUUAUGAAUGCAAACAAGCGAAGAUAAUCCAUCUUCGAACGUAACGAAAAGGCAUUACAUGAAUUCGUGACAACGUAAUCAAAUUGCUUACUUUGCUUGAAAAUGAGGAAACCUAGCUAAUUACAUUCACGAAUAUUUAUGAAGCGCUGUUACGCGAGCAACUUGUUGGAAUUGCAACGAGUGAAUAAUUUACGCUGCCAGUACUAUGCGUUUAGUAUAAAAAUUUAACUACUUUUCCACUUCUAACACUGCCGUCGACAGCCCGAAGUCGCAACUGCACUGCCAAUUAUCACGCUAUUCCUCGCAAACGAAUAAGAAAUCCCUAAUUUCUUUUUUGGGAGCUUCUACUUGCACAUUAAUAAACAAACUUUGGAAGGUUACACGAACAUUCCUUCCAGUUUCACCUUCUGGGUAUGACAUCAUAAACCGUUGGAUAUAUCGAACCAGUCGAUCAGAAACUUGUAAGACUGAACCUAUUACACACUUUCGUAAAUCUGU